UAUGACGAGAGGAGUGAUACGAGAGGUCGGUGGGUCAAUCAAUAUAAAAAUGUAUUUUUACAGUAGAUUUUAGAGGCUCGUCAUGGUUUUUGCUCUUUAUCUUUAAAGUUAAUAAACAUGGCUUAGAUACAUUAGCACAUUCUAAAAUAUUGCCACAGAGCAAAUUCCAUGUCAGAAUUAAAAUUAACACAUUUAAUUAGAGGGAUGUGGAACAUGUUAAUGCAUGUCUGUAUGGGUUGUAGUAUUUAGGGUAGUCAUGAUAUAAUUAUAUAUUUAACAUAAUUAUUUUCUAACACAUAAUUAUUGAGAUAUGCUGAAUUUGAAAAACAGUUUUUCCAGAUAUUUGAGGGUCACUUGUAAGAAUGUAAGUUACAGGAUACAUGUGAGAAACUUCAUACUUUUAAGUAGUAGAGGCAAGAAAUGCAGUACGGAGUCUGGUUUAUGCACAUCAUUUAUAAACUUAGUUACGGGACAACAGAUUCCCAACAGGUUGUUGGCAAACAAAAACAAAAAGAUUCGGAUUAGAAUACCUCCACUUAAUUCAAAUGAGAAGGAUAAAUCCAAGCCAAUGAGUGAAUUUAAGCCAAGUUUGAAUCACGUCAGCUAUGGAGGACAAUUUGAAGUCUCUGCGAACGAAAAUAACAUUAACAAUGAGUGCCAGGCAUGUGAAUCUGGGUCUUCUAACAGCUCUGAUGUGAAGUCCACAUGUACAGUACCUCCAGAUUUCAGGAUAUGGGAAGAAGUAGGUUGUAGGAGUGAUUCCAAACCUGGAUCUUCAUUUAAGUUCAGAGUUGUUUCAUAUAAUGUCUUAGCACAGUGUUUACUGGAGUACCAUCCUUAUCUUUAUACAGGAUGUUCUCCACAUAAUUUAAAAUGGAAAGUAAGGGCACCAAGACUUUUUGAUGAAAUCGUUGAGUUAGCACCUGAUAUAUUAUGCCUUCAAGAAGUACAAGCAUCACAUUUGGAGAGUUUCUAUUCUCGGUUUGAGCAAAUUGGUUACAUUGGUAUAUUCAAGCAGAAAACUGGACAGAGAGAGGAUGGAUGUGCUAUUUACUACAAACAAGAUCUCUUCGAGAAAUCAGACCAAUGCAGUGUGGAAUACUACCAGCCAGGGUUGCCGAUUCUCAACCGCGACAAUAUAGGCGUGAUGGUGAAGCUAGUACCUCGUGGCAUGCCGUUCUUGCCCAUAGUGGUAGCCACGACGCACCUCCUGUACAACCCUAAGAGGACUGACGUCAGAUUGGCCCAGUUACAGGUGUUGCUCGCUGAGUUAGACAGAUUCGCGUACAACUGCAGAGAGCCAGGACACCUGCCAAUAAUUUUGACUGGGGAUCUAAACUCGACGCCAGAGAGUGCGGUGAUUCAGCUUCUAGAUAGAGGAUAUGUAAGUGCAAGCACAUUCCGUGACAGUUCUGAUUGGAAACGCAUUGGCGUGACUGACAAUUGUCAACACCUGUCAGUGGUCCUUGACAGGUUGGAGGGGCGGCCCAGUUGCUUUAGUAAUGUAAAGAUAUACAACUCAGAAUACAGCAAAGACGUGCCGGGUCACUCUCCAAGCCCGGCCGAGUAUAGCGUUAUGUUCAACAGUGGCGCCAUCGGCCAUUCCCUGAAACUAGUGUCGGCGUACGACCGGUGUAAACCCGACGGACAUCAAGAGGCGUCCACUUUCCAAGACAGAUGGGUUACCGUCGAUUAUGUGUAUUAUAGUUACUGCAGCAACCUGAAUUUACUUGAGCGUCUCCGGCUUCCGACUGCGCAAGAGUGCCAAGCUCUAGGUAGUUUGCCUAACGAUGUCUAUGCUUCGGACCAUCUUGCGCUCGCGACGCUUUUCGAGCUCAAACCCGCGCUCAACCACUUAUAGCAUCGCCACUACACAUAGUAUUAAUUUAUUGGUGAUUGGUCUUUCGAGGCGAAACAAGGAGAGGAAUUAUAAUUAAUAGAAAACAAGUAUAAUAAAUAUCAGAAUUUAAAAUAUUACCUCAAUUGAGCUUCUUAUCAUAUCAAGCUCUUUCAAAUUAAGCCAAUAAGAAAGUGACACAGUCUUUGAUCUCUGUGACGGUAGGAUGGAAUGUUAACUUUGACAUAAGUACGGAAGAGAUAAACCGGAAAAUGUACGUAUUUGACACCUGUCAUAGAGAUCAAAUUUUAACAAAGUUUUAAGUAAAACUGACACACAUGGGCAUUACUACAGCGGUCCCGCUAAUGUCAGAUAUUUUUUGUGUUGAACAAGCUUAGAGUGCUAAAGCCAUCAAAGUCAUUCUAAAUUGUGUUAAAUUCGGAUUUUUUGUCAUUGACCAUAGAAAGGUGAAUAAUAUAAGACUGCAGAAGUGGUAUGUUCUGGUCAAUGUGACGUAGCUACUGAUUGUUGGGACACCAUAUUUUUUUAUAUCUCACCAUAUUUUUCAUAGUUUUUUUUUGCUAUAACUGUGCAGUAAACUGUGUCCGAUGCAAGUUUCUAUAGUUUCAAGUGAAAAAGCCAUUUAUUUUGUCUUAUAUUAUUUACAUUUAUAUUUAUAAUCAAUGUGCGCUGUGUUAUUGCAGGUCAAUUAUUAACUAGAUAACUUUUGUUACCACUUUUAAGAUGACCAAGUACUAAGAUAGGUACGUGAUUGGUUCAUGGAAAUGUUUAAUAGUAAGUUACGAAAACCGUAUCGUUCUGUGACCUUUUGUAAUUUUCAUAAUGUUUAAUGUGAAAAUAAUUUUACAAGGACUUUUUUCAAAUUUGUCAGCCCAAAGCUGAAUAAUUACUUAUUUAGAAUUUGCCCCUUUUUUGAUUUUUUUUUAAUUAUUUUUAUUUAAAAUUGCCAUUAUAGCUUAAUAUAUAGUACCUAUAACAUGCUAAUUUAUAUACUGUCUGAAAGUUAAGUUGUGAAAUGUCAUUUUUGGUUUUGGUUUACCUUACGUAUGGUUAUGGACCAUUUUUCCAAUAGUCGAUAUAGAUGCCAGAGGAAAUAUCUCACUAUGUGAAUAAAUUUUUAUAUGUUAACAAUUUGUUGUUGACCGUUAAAAGUGAUAGUACCUAUAUUGUCUUAAAACAGAGAAGUUUCAAUAUACAAUGUUUAAUGAAAACAAACAGAAGCUAAAGCUAUAUUUUUUUAUUCGAAGCAGACAAUAAUUUUGUGAUUGGGUGUUGCUAAUGUGAUCAUAAAACGGAAAUGUUAAUAAGUAUGAGUAAUGUAAAUGAAUGUAUAAAAAUUCCACUUUUUCUCUAUUCUGUACAGUGGUUUAUUCUGUAAAUUUUGUACAUACAUAACGUAUUAACGGCUCGUCGUAUGACAAAUCCCAUAGGGUGUUCUUAAAUCUCAAAUUUCUAUAGAAUCGAAAACGUUUUCAGGCAGAAAACUUUUGGCCAAUCAGGUAACGUUAAUUUGGAGUUCUGUCAUUGGUUGUACAGGAUACCGCUUCUGUGGGAUUCUUGUGGGAAUGGCGCACGGAAGGUGGCUGUAUUAUCUUUAUGCACACUUGUACUCUCACUGGUAAUAAACGACGAUUCAAAAUUA